AUGGCGAUACCUGCAACAUACUCGGUGUUCCGCCGCACCAACGGCGACUUCCCUAGAACUAUCGAGAUGUCUACCGAGACUAUGCCGAGCAGUCUUGACCAACACGACGUCCUGAUUAAGAUUCACGCCGUGUCUCUUAAUUACCGAGAUGUUGCGUUCCUUGUUGGUUCGAUACCUGUCGAAAUCGAGGAUCGCGGCAUCCCUUGCUCCGACUGUGCCGCUGAGGUAAUUCGUACCGGUCCGGCCGUCACCGAGUUUGCUGCUGGGGACCGUGUCUCUGCUAUAUUUGAUCUGAAUCAUAUUGACCGGCGCGACGACAACGUCAGCUUGGCUCUCGGCGGCAAUGUCUCUGGCGUUUUACGAGAAUACGCAGUCUUCGAGGAUAAGUACUUGGUCAAGCUCCCAAAGCACCUUACUUGGGAAGAGGGGUCCAUGUUAGCCUGUGCUGGUGUCACGGCUUGGAAUGCCCUAGGCGCUCCAACUUCGUUACCCUCAACUUGCAGCGCGUUCUUGCAAGGCACCGGCGGUGUCAGCAUGUUCGCCCUCACCAUUUGCCUUGCCGCCGGUAUUGAGCCCAUCAUCACUUCUUCAACAAACGAGAAGAUCGAAUCCAUCAAAAGUUUCAACUCCAAAGUUCAUGGAAUUAACUACAAAACAACUAGCGAUUUGCAACAAGAAGUACGGCGCAUCACAAACGGAAGAGGCGUCGACGUUGUCCUGAACAAUGCCGGUCCUUCGAGCGUCGCUGAGGAUAUCCAACUCUUGACUCAGUGGGAGGGUACCAUCUCACUUGUUGGGGUGAUGAAUGGAUACGAAGCCGGCUGGAAUCCCUCUGCCAUAUUGGGCCUUCUAGAGAAGUCAGCUAAGAUACAGGGUAUCAGAGUAGGUUCCAGGAAAGACUUCCAGCAGUUGAAUCAGUUUUUGGAGGAGAAGAAUGUCACCCUGACACACCUCCUUGACCGGGUCUUCCCAUUUAGCGAGUCUGCCGCCGCGUUCGAAUACCUACGACUUGGGAAGCAUGUCGGCAAGAUCGUCGUCCAGGUGGCGGCCUAA